AUGGAUAUGGAAAUCGCUUUAGUGUUGAAGAAAAGGCCAAUUGUGAAACAUGAAGAAGAAACAACAGACUUCCAAAAGAGGAGGCUGGGUAAGAUUAAGAAAGAAAAUUGGAGCGUGGUGUAUCAAAGAAAAGAUGGUGAUAAAGUUCAAAAAAGUAUGUUCUUUUUUUUAGACAAACAUUUAUAUUCCAUUGCUGCACUAAGCAACAUCAUGGGCUUAACUAUAGCAUGCAAAGCAAACAAUGAUGCCAAUCUGAAAUGCUUCAAUGACAUGAUCAAGUGGUAUCUUGUGAUCAGAAAUACCCUUCUAAAUUUGAUGACCAAACUGUUCAAGGUUCAGAAGAAACAACAAUGA